CAUUUUGAAAGUGGAGUCGCCUGCCCUGCCGCUGCCGCCGCCGCCGCCGUCGCUGUCGUAGCCGCCGCCGCCGCCGCUGGAGAAAGAGCAAGAGUGGGGAAGACCAAGAGUGAAAUCCACCAUCCCGCCGGCUGGUUUGCCAGCCCCUCCUUCCUUCUCCCCCGACCCCCGCCCCCUCCCCCCACAGGUGCCAUCCGCCGCCAUCCGCCCUCUCUACCCCCCCAUCCCCAGGUGAGGGGGGUGAGUUCAGGAAGCGGAGACCCCGAGGAACUCAGCAGGGUCACCAUUUGCAGCGCAACAUGGCAGGAGCUGGAGGAGGGAAUGAUAUUCAGUGGUGUUUUUCUCAGGUGAAAGGAGCAGUAGAUGAUGAUGUAGCAGAAGCAGAUAUAAUUUCUACAGUAGAAUUUAAUCAUUCUGGAGAAUUACUAGCAACCGGAGAUAAAGGUGGUAGAGUCGUCAUCUUUCAACAGGAGCAGGAGAACAAAAUCCAGUCUCAUAGCAGAGGAGAAUAUAAUGUUUACAGCACCUUUCAGAGCCAUGAACCAGAGUUUGACUACUUGAAAAGUUUAGAAAUAGAAGAAAAGAUCAACAAAAUUAGGUGGUUACCCCAGAAAAAUGCUGCUCAGUUUUUAUUGUCUACCAAUGAUAAAACAAUAAAAUUAUGGAAAAUCAGUGAAAGGGACAAAAGACCAGAAGGGUAUAACUUGAAAGAGGAAGAUGGAAGGUAUAGAGAUCCUACUACAGUCACUACACUACGUGUGCCGGUCUUUAGGCCCAUGGAUCUAAUGGUUGAGGCCAGUCCACGACGAAUAUUUGCCAAUGCUCAUACAUAUCACAUCAACUCAAUUUCUAUUAAUAGUGAUUACGAAACGUAUUUAUCUGCAGAUGAUUUGCGGAUUAAUCUUUGGCACCUGGAAAUUACAGACAGGAGUUUUAAUAUUGUGGAUAUCAAGCCUGCCAAUAUGGAGGAGCUGACAGAGGUGAUUACAGCAGCAGAAUUCCAUCCAAACAGUUGUAACACAUUUGUAUACAGCAGCAGUAAAGGAACUAUUCGGUUAUGUGACAUGAGGGCAUCCGCCCUCUGUGAUAGGCAUUCUAAACUGUUUGAAGAACCUGAAGAUCCGAGUAACAGGUCUUUUUUUUCUGAAAUCAUCUCUUCAAUUUCUGAUGUAAAAUUCAGCCAUAGUGGUCGAUAUAUGAUGACUAGAGACUAUUUGUCAGUCAAAAUUUGGGACUUAAAUAUGGAAAACAGGCCUGUGGAAACAUACCAGGUGCAUGAAUACCUCAGAAGUAAACUUUGUUCACUAUAUGAAAAUGACUGCAUAUUUGACAAAUUUGAAUGUUGUUGGAAUGGAUCUGACAGUGUUGUCAUGACUGGAUCUUACAAUAAUUUCUUCAGAAUGUUUGACCGGAACACAAAGCGAGACAUAACCCUAGAAGCAUCACGGGAAAACAGUAAACCUCGCACAGUUCUGAAGCCACGCAAAGUGUGUGCAAGUGGCAAGCGAAAGAAAGAUGAAAUAAGCGUUGACAGCCUAGACUUCAACAAGAAAAUACUUCAUACAGCCUGGCACCCCAAGGAAAAUAUCAUUGCUGUAGCUACUACAAACAAUCUGUAUAUAUUUCAAGACAAAGUGAAUUAGGGUUGGCAUUCCUAGCAGAAGAGCCCACUUCCUGCUUAGUUGAGAUAGUUGAAUCUAGCAUUCAUACUUAAAAAAGAGAGGUCCAUUGUGGCGCCCCUUUUCCAGUGUUUGACAAUGUGCCAUUCGACAACACAUUUUUAAUAGCUACAUGGAGAAAGCUCUGUGGAUUCCUCACUGUGGUGUUCUCCAUGUCUGCUAGCCAUUUAGGUAAGGGUAGGGCACUUUUAAUUUAAAUGACUUCUUGCACCAUCUUGCCUAAUGGACUAGAUUGGACUGUAUCAACAUUGAUUUACUCCACUUUUUAUGCCUUCCAUUGUGAUGACGUCAAACACAAGUGAAAGCCUUCAGUCAUGCUUAUGGGAUUUAAUUGUGUAUCCUCAUUACUGUAUCAUUUGUGGGGUACACCCCUCCCCCCUUUUUUAAAUUAAAUACAGCUCAUUCUUACUGCGGCUUGUAGCAUUCCUCCUCUUCUGGCCUCCUGGACUCUUCCCCUUCAUCUCUCUUACCCUUGCCCCUCCACCCAGUCUUGGUGGUGGUAUAAAAAAGGAAAGAACGAAAGCACACAAAACGAGUCAGUUUGGGGUCAGUGGUAAAGGGGGUAUAUGUUGCGAACAAAUGUUUUAAUAACAGUUGGCUGUAAUCACUCCUUGCCAUGUCUGGCACUGAAAAUAAGGAAAAAAAAAAACUACUACUGAAUAAACGUGACAAAGAAUGGAGAAUCUGGUUUUCUUUUUCUUUUUAAUCUACCCCUUUAAGCCAAUAUUUUGUGUCAUAGCUUUGGGUGCAGUGAAAUGAAAUGAGGUUCCAUUGUUUUAUGGGUAUUUUUGUUAAUUAUUUUUAACAAGUGUUCUUUUACAUGGAGGAGAGGUAUUGGUUCUGUAUGAACAUGUUUUGACUAUAUAUUGAUAUUACUAAGGAUAUCAUGAUCUAUACAUGCUACUAGAUUUUUUUUUUUUUACUGUAGUUAUAAGGGUAUUGGAUACAUUGUAUCUACACUUAAUUCAUUAUCUGUUAAUGAAACUGUUGUAAAUGGGAACCAAAUUUGUAGAACUUCAUUUUUAAAGACUUUACAGUGCUUAAUUUCAUUUUUGUGUUACUAAAUCAAAGUCUUAAAGUUUUUAAACGUUAAAACUUUUUUUAUCAGUCAUAAAACUAUAACAUAAAACUAUCCUCAAGUGAUUUACAUAGAUAAAAUGGACACUGCACUAAAUUUUUCUUUUUGUAUUUUACUGCUAUCAAAUCUGAAUGAAAUGUACUUUGUCAUAGAUGUUUUUCUUUUAUUUUUGGUUUUCCAAAGCUAUUAAUGUUAAAGACAAACUUUAAAGGUACAGUGUUCCAAAAGUGCUUAAUGGAUUCCAACAGCUGCCUCAAAUAAAAAUUUAGUAAUAUGUAUAUGACUACAUUUUCCCUAAAUGGUGAUACCUUAUCCAAAGAUGAAGAGUACCCCUAUUUUUAAUAGGUAGAAUGAACCUUUGUGUCAAUCUUGCAGAAGCUUUAAUGGAGAAAGAAUGACCUUUAUUUUUCAAAGAUAAAUGAGUAGGCAUUUAUAUUAGAGAAUGGUAGUAUGUUUUGGUUGAGCAGUAAUAUACAACCUUGAAUUUUAGAGGACUCUGAGUGCUUCUUAUUAUUUGUCCACUACCUUAUUGUUCUCUUCUCACCAAUGAAAAAUGAUUAAAGAAUUCCACCGUAAUUCCCUCUACACUUAUACAGAUACUAUGUCUUGUAAGUCAACAUUUUUAGCACACAGGAGAAAUUAUAUGUAAUAAAAUUACUGUAUCUUUUGGACUGAACAAAUUUGAAUUUGUGUUUAAACACUUUGAUUAUACGUCUGAUAAUUCUUAAAAUAAUGGCACUUUUACUAAUUUAUUUGGGGAUCUUGGGUACAUUCAUAACUUGUGUUUUUCUUCAUGCUUGACUUGGAAGUGGGCUAUUCCCCUGCCAUGAGCAGAUCAGGCAGUUUUCCAGAAGAUCUUCUUGGGAGAUUGCUUCCCUAAAGUUUGGGUGUAGGUAUUAAAAUAACACCAUCAAACAGCUCUUGGAAAUUGUUCUUUCAUUUAGCAGUAGCUAUGACGAUUCUCAUCCAUGACACUAAGGGUUAGUUUUAUAUAUUUAAGAGAGAAACAUUGCUUAAAUUAAAAUGCCUCUAUAAAGGAAUGCUAUUAUAAAUUAUUAUAACAAUAUUCUCAAGUAUCAAUUUUUAAUUUCUUUGGUGUAGCAAACUAUAAGCCCAGCCACUCAUGGUCGUGGUUAAUCUUUUAUAGAAUACACUUAGUCUUGUCAAGUUGCUUGUAUUCUCCUAUUCUCUUGACACCUACAAAUAUAUACAUAUUCUAUCCCUCUGUCUUAACCUUUUUGAAAAGUUAUGGUAGGAAAAAAACCUUUCAUUCUGUUAAUCUCUUGAUCUUGAUUUAGUGGCUGGGCAAUAGUUAUAUAAAUCUGUAUCUGUAUAAACUCAUGUUUAUAUAACUUAACUACUGGAUAUUAAGCUUUCUUCUGUGAAGCCCUGAGACUUUGGAAUAGAAAAGUACAUUCACACACUCUUUUUCCUUUCAAAUUAAGUGAGGAUUUAAAAAACAACCUUCAAUGUGAGGAUUAUUCUGUUCACAGACAUUCCUAAGGAAAACUAAAAAUAAUAAAACUGAGGUUCUUUUAGUUUGUAACAGUAUUUAUACAAGUAACAUGUUGGUUCUUGGAAAAUUAUUUGUGAAAGCUAAACAGUUACUGAUAGAAGUAUUUUAGUGAAAUUUAAACCAUUACCUUGUUGGGGAACACUGCUUCAGCAUCUUCUUUCUACCGCAUAAAAAUUCAAGGGGGGAUAGUAAUGUGCACUUCUGGAAGAACAAAGCCAAGCCCAACCCCCACCCCUAAAAAAGAAAGAAAAGACAGGUUUAUGCUAGGUAAUAAAGAAUCGAGUCAAUUUUACUGUAGUAUUUGAGAGCAUUACUAUUUUAGAUACUUAUCUGUUCAGACGGUUGAUAAUUAAAGCUUUGUGUGUGUGUAAGAGAGACACCAUGGUUAAAAGAGGUUUUUUACACACCCCUCCUCUCCAGAAAGCCUUGGAAACUUGUUCCGCUUCAUCUUGUAACUGUGCAUAUAAGGUCAAGACAUUAUGUCUCACUCUUUGGUGUUAAUCAAAAGCUUAGAGAAUUUACAAAGUCUUGAGGUUCUCAGAUGCUGGUUUUAAGUGUAAUGAUAAAUUGAGUUUUGUCUCCUUGACAUGUUAUUGCAUAAUGGUAUUGAACUUUGUGACCUACUGUGUAAGAAAUGAACGCCCACCUUGCAGGCUUAAAGUUAAUAAUACGUAUGAAAAGGCCCACCUUAGCACCUACCUAUAAAAAGGAAGGCACUACAAAAUUUAGUUUCCUGCAAAAGGAGCAAUUUGGCAAACAAAAAUAAUUAAACUGGCCUAAAGGGAGAAAGCUAGUAUUUAUUUACCUUUUAAAAAUGUUCUGCACUUACAUGAACAGCAGCCAGUUAUUUGAGGACUUUCCCACUAGGGGACACCAGUUAAGCCUUGACCAACACAAUUUUUGUAUUUUUGAGAAUGCAUAAAUGAGAUUCUGUUUCUAUAUUGAAAGAGCUUCAUUAUUAAAAACCAAAUUUGGGAACCAGAUAAAGGGAAAGUCCGAAGUGUAUUUAUGCCCAAAUAAAACCGCUAUUCAACAUGAUCCUGGAGUGAGUGAUGGAGGGGGAACCCAAAUAUCAACUAUGCUGUCAUGGUCAUACCUUACGGGAGAAGUAGCAAAAAUGAAACUGGAAGAGAAUUAUGAACUGCCCUUUCAGUCAUAGAUAACUCAGUCUGCCCCCUUCCCCUUGCAAAAUCAGAUCCUUAUGUACCAUGUUCACUUUCUCCUUAACAAGGAGACCAGGACUUUCAUGUUGCACGCUUAUGCUGAUUUAACUCUGGAAUGUCUAAAUUCCUUUAAAAAAAAGUAACUUCUGCCUUCUGAAUACAUGUUCUUCAGAUAGACCAAAAAAAGAAAAAAUACCCCAGCAGUUAAUCAUGCAGAGAAAACUCCCAUUCACAUUUGUAUGAAUUCUUUUGUUCUCUCUCUUCUGGGCAUACUUUAAGCCAGAUUUCCCCUCUGAAUAGCCUCAUAAUCUGUGGCUGAUCCUUUAUUUAUUUAACUAGUGCCUGUUACCAAGAUUGAUGUUUAUUUUCAUUUUUGCAAGUGGAAAUAUUGGAAUAGUGACCAUACAUACCAGCCUUGGUGUGUAAGAUUUUUAGGAUACACUCCUAGAACUGUAAUUACUGUAUUAAAGGAUAUGGGUGUAUUUAAGAUUUGGUACAUAUUGUCAAAUUUCUGUUCCAAAAAUGGAAGUUCCAUCACAAAUACACCCCUAUCUUCACACUCUCAAUAAUGGACAAAAACCUCGUGUUUUAUCUUGGUCAAUCAGAAAAAGUCAAAAAUGGUAACCCAAUUUGUGUUUACAUGUUUCUAGUCAGAUAUUAUUUUCUAUAAUCUGGAUACCAGACUUUAUCACAUAUGCUUUAUAAAUAUUUUCUCCCAGUAUGAGGUUUGUCUUUGCACAGAGCUUUUUGAAGAGCAGAAAUUCUUAAUUUUCACAGAAGUCCACUUUUUCAACUUUUUCUUUAAUGGGUUAUGCUUUUGGUGUCAUAUCUAAGAAAUCUGCCUAACUUAAGGUGACAAAAUUUUUAAUAUUUUUAGAAGUUUAAUAGUUUUCAGUUUUUAUAUUUACGUCUGAUUGAUUUGAGUUGGUUUUUGUAUAUGUUUACAUAUAAAAAUUAUAUAUGUACCAUAUAUAGAUUGAGGUUCAUUUUUCUUUGCACCUUUGUUGAAAAUCAGUUGACACAGCAUUAGCCUAUUUCUGAACUAUUCCAUUAGUUUAUACGUCUGAGCUUUCACCCAUACUACACUGCGUGAUCACUGUAGCUUUGCAUAAGUAAUGCAACUAUGUUCUUUUUGAAAACUGCUUUGCUAAUUUUAGUUCCUUUGCCUUGCUAUGUACAUUUUAGAAUCAGCCUGCUGACAAGAACAAAACCACCUGCUUGGAUUUUGAUAAUGAUUGCAUUGAAUCCAUAGACCAGUUCAGGGAGAGUGGACCUCUUAAUAUUCGUCCUCCAAUCCAUGAAUGCAGCAUGUUGCUCCAUUUAUAUAGGUCUUUGAUUUCUUUUAUCAGUGUUUUUAGAUUUUAGCAUACAGAUCUUGCACAUAUAUUGUUAGUACUUUAUGGGUUUUUUUGUGUGUGCUUUUGUAAAUGGUACUUUAAAAAUUUUCAAUUUCCAAAAUGUUCAUUGCUAAUAUCUAGAUAUACGAUUGAUUUUUGUAUUUUGACCUUGUAUCCUGACACCUUGCCAGAUUCACUUAUGUAGAUUUUUUAAAAGUUUUCUACGUAGUCAUGUCUGCAGAUUAUUAUUUAUAAUAAAUGUUUUAUUUUUUUCCAGUC